ACCAAGUGUUGUCGACAACUAGAACCACAAUGUCGUUUCAAAUACCCACGUCCUGAUCAACCCGAGUCUAAAAUUACAUUUGAAAGAUACUACAAUUCGUGCCACACUCACUACCAAACGCAAUGAUCCACGCGUAAACUCUCGAAUUGGAGAGCAAACGUAGACCUGCAAAUCAUUAUAGACAGUUUGGCGUGUGCUAGAUACAUGGCAAAAUAUGCCUCGAAAGGUGAACCACGUUCUCCAUCAUUGUCAGCAGUUUUUAAGUCGUGCAUGGAAACACUACCAGACAAUAGCCUCCCUACAUCAGUUUUUCGUUCAGCAAUGAUUCGAGCUGUUGGGGAACGAGACUUCAGUGCUCAAGAAACUGCUCACUUACUACAAAGCCUCUUUGGUUAGCUCAGUUUCAUUACAGUAUCAAUGACUGGAGAUCGUCGUGUUGCAGAAAAUUCACAAACUCAUGAACUUGAAGUACAGCACUCAACGUUUGAUCACUAUGCUGCUCGUUCAAAUCACUUGGACAUUAACCUUAUAGACUUUGCUUCAGAAUUCUCUGUUUGCAAUGGAGAACGUUCAAACCCUGUGAUCAUACGAGCUUUUCCUGUAAAUCCUCAUGGCGAACACUAUUUUCUAUACUGCAAGCACCAACUAGUAAAGUACAAGCCAUGGCAUUUAAAUGUGUCUAAUCUUUUGGAUGAAGCAGAUGACUGCGACGAAAGCUGGAUAAGUCAGUACCACAGCUUCCUUACAACGGAGUCUGCAAGACAAACCAUUCCUCACUUUUACCAUGAUCUACAGUUCUCUCAACAAUGGGUUGAUGGCAACACUAGUGAUCCUGAUAGCGAACAUGAUGAUGACUACCAUGACCAAGAGCUAGAACAAUGGAUGCAACUCUGCCAGCUUAACCCCCAGUUUAUCACACCCCAAAAUGAAACCGAUUUCGAUUGGGCAGCUGAUGCCAUUGGGCAGCUGAUGGCAACUGGCAUCAAAGAGGCUCCUGAUUGGAUAUCCUCACAGCGUCGUCUUUCCACCGACCCUUCUCAAUUGCAAUCACCAUGGCACAGGCAGCUUCCCACAGUAAAUGUGCACACUCUAAACCCUAAGCAGCGUCAUGCGUAUGACAUAAUUUCUGAUCAUCAAACCCAAAUACAAGCUGGUACCAACCCCGAACCCUUACAUAUGAUAAUUUCGGGAACAGCAGGAACAGGCAAGUCUUACCUAAUUAAUGCUUUGAAUCAGCUACUUGGUGACUCUUGCAUUCUUACUGGUACAACAGGUACAGCCGGUCUUAACAUCUGUGGUAUCACUCUACACUCUGCUUUGCAACUACCAAUACAGAAACAUUCCAAACGUGAUCAAAGACUUUAACUCAAACUAACAGAUAAACACUACUUGAUCAUUGAUCAAUGAUAGGACAGAAAACCUUGGCGUGGGUUGACAAACGACUUCGGCAGGGAACUGGUAACCAUUUUAGGUGGAAUGUCAGUAAUUUUAUUGGGCGAUUUCGGACAGCUCCCUCCAGUGCUUGACAAACCCAUGUAUGCUCAACCAACUUCAAUCCAUGACAUAAUAUUUACCAGCAAUUCAAUAAGGUUGUCAUUCUAGAGCAAGUCAUACGUCAGAGUAGAGUGGAGUCGAUCAGUCAAUUCAGCAGCCCAAAAUUUCCGUCAACUGUUAUUGCGUCUCAGAAAUGGCACCAUCAUCCACGACGACUGGUAUCCAGGAAAAGACUUUUCGAAGAAUAUCACAGCCUUAAAUCACCAGUCAAAGCAGCCAUGGUAUAAUCACAAAGCUAUCACCCAUGAAGUCAGGCAAAUACUUUGACGGUACGCUCGCAGACGAUGAUACUUCCCUUUGUUUUGUAGGCUUCAACACACUCAAACAACAAGAGAUGGCGACCAACAAAGAUGCAAACGUCGCUAUCACUCUCAACAAUUGCAUGAUCCAAAAGGCCAAGUUUGGGGAACAGUGGUGGUCACAAACUCAACAAAAGUUACGAUGUCACCAAGGAAGUUUGCAAACCCAGCUGUACUAGUUAUCCCCACAAGUCAAAUCACUCUGGAUUUUGUUCAAACUCUACAAAACUACCAACAUGUUUCAGUAAAGGUCAAAGUUGCGAAUGUUGACCCAAAGGUACAAGUUAAACCUGGGUACAAGUUAAACCUGGACUCUACAAACAAGACGUUGUGUCGAGUCACACUCUGGCAAGAACAUUGGAAGAAGACACUUCGUAUCAACUCGAUAAUUUUGUCAUCAAUUCUUUUGCUAAUGUCAAGUACCUUUCCCCACAGAAGUCCGACUCUCCUUGUGACAUUCACGCCAUUGCAGACAUUGGUACUGUAGACAACACUGAGCCAUUAUCGAGCAACACUGUCAUUGCAAAUGCAGAGGUCAUGCAAAUGCAGAGGUCACUGGAGUGUCAUACAUUGGAACACACAAUGCAUGUCUUUCAUGCAAAGCAAAGGUGGAUCCACUUAAUGAUGUCAGUACCAAAUGUACCAUGUCUAUCGAAGUGUGACAAACAGCUAUCUGCCAAGCUUGUGAUCAGCACUCCAAACAGCAACUACACUCUCGUCGCUUUCUUGCCUAUAUCCUAUGAUCAGGAAAAUAGCCGACGACGACACGAUCACCAGUUUAACAAACAAACAAGAACUCACCACCACCCAAAUUCUUAUGGCUGACCCGUUUCAAGCUACAUACACCCCAAACAAAAUCAUCAGUGAUGUUUGCCAAACCUGAACAAUUCGUAACUCUUACAAUCCAAUAUAAUAAUUAUCCUUGUUUCCCCCCCUUCAUUUAUCCUUAUUCAUUUAUCCUUAUCUUAUUCAUUCAAUUUUUGUUCCACUUUCAAAUAUCAUCAUAUUAUAAUCAAUUCAUUUCAAUCAGAGCUUCCCGCGAGGCGC